AUGGCCCCCAAGCUUCACGGUACGGCAUCGCGGCAUCUCCCUGAACAUAUCGGCACUAGCUCGUUCAACGACACGUAUCUGGCGAAUAAGGUCGGUGAGAUUGUCAACAGCCAGUGCCAGGCGGAAGGGCGAAGUCCCAUUGCGACUCGCAAUGGCGUCAAGCUCGACCUGUAUGCCAGCUACGAACUGAUCGCGUGUGUGCAGAAACUGGGUUUCGGCGUUUCCUGCGGGGACCAGCAUACUGACGAAUGA